GAAAGAUUUUGCUGCUCAGCAUGGCGGACAAACAAGAAGGAGAUGAGUACAGGGAGCAGGGGAAAAAGCGGAUGCUUUCCCCUGAUCGGGCAGACCCUUUCGCAGACUCCACGCCAGCUCCAGAGCUCCAGACUUAUGCCGACGUGAUGGUUGGCCAACAGCUGGACAAAGAGAAAAAGGAGGUUCUUGAAAAGAUAAGGCAGAAGAAGGAGGAGGAGGCCACCGCAAAAGCUGAGGGUAAGGAAGACCCAGAAGCGGCGAAGAAAAGACGAGCAGAGGCAGCAGAAGCGGCCAAAGAGGCAAAGGAGGCAAAACCCUCUGGCGAAGAGGGUGACAGAUGGGCCACCCCCGUUGGUGGGGGCGAUGUGGCGGAGACGCCUGUCAGUGCCGAAAAGAAGGAUGACGAGGGCGAUGAGUUUGGAGAGACCCCAGAAGCCGGCGAGUGGGGUGAUACUCCAAUGCCUGCUGGCAAGAAGAAGCGUGCCAGAUGGGAUUCGGCGCCGGAGAAAGAUGCAGAGGUCGGCGCCACGCCGAGCGCUGAUGUUACGCCAAGCGUAGAUGUCACGCCCAGUGUAGAUGUGACACCCAGUGCCACAGAUCCAUCCCUAGGCGCUACUCCAUUUGUGGGUGGGAUCAACCUGGGCGACACACCGCUUGGAACGCCGGGCAUGGCCAAUAUGAGCACUCCUGUGGGCCUGACUCCCAACUUUGCGUCAAUGACACCGGAGCAAAUCCAGGCAUAUCGGUAUGACGCCGAGAUCAACGAGCGGAAUGCUCCAAUGACAGAUGAGGAUUUGGAUGCAAUCUUUCCUCAGACCGGCUAUGAAAUAGUCAGGCCGCCGGCCAACUACAAUCCGAUCCGCAAGUCGGUGCUUUCCUCCACACCAACGCCCACACCUGGCGGCACGCCUUUCUUCUCCAUGCAAAGUCCUGAUGCUCCAAAGCCGUACGAAGUUCCUGACAAUCCGGCAGUGGGCGAAAUGCCAAUGAUUAAGCCAGAGGACUACUCGUACUUUGCACCCUUGCUAGCUGGUGACAACGAUGACAACCUCUCCCCAGAGGAGGCAAAGGAGCGAAAGAUCAUGCGACUACUGCUGAAGGUGAAGAAUGGCACCCCGCCCAUGCGGCGAUCAGCCCUCAGACAGCUCACCGAUAGUGCGCGUAGCUUUGGACCUGGACCACUCUUCAAUCAGAUUCUUCCUCUGCUCAUGAGUAGCACCCUUGAAGAUCAGGAGAGACACUUGCUGGUAAAGGUCAUCGAUCGCGUGCUCUACAAGCUGGAUGACAUGGUGCGGCCAUAUGUCCACAAAAUCCUGGUGGUGAUUGAGCCGUUGCUCAUCGAUGAGGACUACUUCGCGCGCGUAGAGGGGCGAGAAAUCAUUAGCAAUUUGGCCAAGGCAGCAGGCCUUGCCACGAUGAUUUCAACCAUGAGACCGGAUAUUGACCACGCAGAUGAGUACGUUAGAAACACAACAGCACGGGCCUUUGCUGUGGUGGCUUCUGCCCUCGGCAUUCCCUCGUUGCUGCUCUUCUUGCGAGCGGUGUGCCAAUCGAAGAAGAGCUGGCAGGCCAGACACACAGGAAUCAAGAUUGUGCAGCAGAUUGCCAUCCUCAUGGGCUGUGCAGUGUUGCCACACCUGAAGCAAAUGGUGGACAUCAUUGCCCAUGGUCUCCAGGACGAGCAGCAGAAAGUGCGCACGAUCACGGCACUGGCCUUGGCAGCACUUGCAGAGGCAGCUAUGCCUUACGGCAUUGAGGCUUUUGAUACCGUGCUACGACCUCUCUGGAAGGGUAUUUGCGAGCACCGCGGAAAGGGCUUGGCUGCCUUUUUGAAGGCCAUCGGUUUUAUUAUCCCGUUGAUGGAUGCCGAGCAUGCAAAUUACUAUACACGAGAGGUGAUGAUCAUCUUGAUUCGAGAGUUUUCAACUCCAGAUGAAGAGAUGAAAAAGAUCGUGCUGAAGGUGGUCAAGCAGUGUGUGGCCACAGAGGGUGUUGAACCCAGCUAUAUUCGAGAGGAUAUCUUGCCACCCUUCUUCCGCAACUUCUGGGUGGUCAGGAUGGCCUUGGAUCGGCGUAACUACCGACAGCUGGUCGACACCACGGUGGAGAUCGCCAACAAGGUUGGAGGUGCCGACAUUAUUGGCAGAAUUGUGGAGGACCUCAAAGAUGCCUCAGAACCAUACCGGAAGAUGGUCAUGGAGACAAUUGACAAGGUUAUUGGGAACUUGGGUGUCGCGGAUAUCGACUCACGACUUGAGGAGCAAAUCAUUGAUGGCAUUGUCUAUGCCUUCCAGGAGCAGACAUCAGAUGACACCACCGUGAUGCUGAAUGGCUUCGGCACCGUGGUGAAUUCUUUGGGGCCUCGUGUGAAGCCCUACCUGCCCCAGAUUGCUGGUAUCAUCAGGUGGCGGCUGAACACUCCAUCUGCACGUGUGCGUCAGCAAGCAGCAGACCUCAUUGCAAGAAUCGCUGUGGUGAUGAAGCAAUGUGGCGAGGAGCAGAUGAUGGGGCACUUGGGUCUCUUCUUGUAUGAGUACCUUGGUGAAGAGUAUCCUGAAGUGCUGGGCUCCAUUUUGGGCGCCUUGAAGGCGAUCGUCAACGUCAUUGGAAUGACGAAGAUGACGCCACCGAUCAAGGAUCUCCUUCCCAGGUUGACCCCCAUCCUGAAGAACAGACAUGAGAAAGUCCAGGAGAACUGCAUUGACUUGGUUGGAAGGAUUGCCGAUCGCGGUGCGGAGUUGGCACCACCACGAGAGUGGAACCGCAUUUGCUUUGACCUGCUGGAGCUUUUGAAGGCACACAAGAAGGCCAUUCGCAGAGCAACAGUGAACACCUUCGGCUACAUUGCAAAGGCCAUUGGCCCCCAUGAUGUUCUCAGCACUUUGCUGAACAACCUCAAGGUGCAGGAGCGUCAGCUCCGAAUUUGCACCACGGUGGCAAUUGCCAUUACUGCAGAGACCUGUGGACCGUUCACCGUGCUGCCAGCUCUGAUGAAUGAAUAUCGGGUGCCUGAACUGAACGUGCAGAACGGAGUGUUGAAAAGCCUUAGCUUCAUGUUCGAGUACAUUGGAGAGAUGGCCAAGGACUACAUUUAUGCAGUCACUCCCAUCUUGGAGGAUGCGCUCAUGGAUCGGGAUCUUGUGCAUAGGCAAACUGCUGCAUGGACUUGCAAGCACCUUGCUCUAGGCGUUCACGGUCUGGGUUGCGAGGAUGCGCUGCAGCACCUCAUGAACUACGUUUGGCCGAACGUCUUUGAAAACUCGCCUCACUUGAUUAUGGCUGUUUUCGAUGCCAUCGAUGGUUUCCGAGUGUCCUUGGGGCCCACAAAAGUGCUGCAGUACUUGCUCCAAGGCUUGUGGCAUCCUGCCAGACGAGUGCGAGCUGUUUACUGGCGGUUGUACAACAACCUCUACAUUGGAUCUCAGGAUGCUCUCAUCCCCUCCUACCCGAAGUUGGAGGAUGAUGCUGAGCACUGCUAUCGCCGCACGGAGUUGGAACUCCUGCUCUGAUGGCAUUUUGGGCGUGGUUGCUAGAGACCAUUCCUGCGAUGUCGAGUGCCCUGGUGAAAGAUCCCGAAACGGUUCCGAUGUGAUCUCGGACCCUUGAAC